AUGGCUGCCAGAUUGUCUCUCCGGUCCAAACACAAACUACUCUCGGGGCAUGAGAUCCCCGUUUUGGGCUAUGGAGUUGGUCUAUAUGAUGUGCGUUGGGACACCAGCCAAGGAAUACAGCUAAUAGCCAGCAGCCCUUCAUCUGCGACCGAGAAGGCCACAGCGGAAGCUCUCAAUGUCGGAUUCCGUCAUGUUGACUCCGCAAUCAUGUAUCGCAACGAGAAACCAUGUGGACGAGCCAUCCAGAGCUCCCAGCUUGAUCGAUCGCAGAUUUUCUUUACGACCAAGAUUCCCCCAGAAUCCAUGGGUUACGAAUCUGCGAAACGAGCUAUCAACUCAAGUUUACGCGAAGCUGCACAGGACUACUUUGACCUCAUUCUGAUCCACGCUCCCUACGGUGGUAAAAAAUCCCGUCUAGGAUCUUGGGAUGCGCUUGUCGAAGCCCAGAAGGAGGGCAAGGCUAAAGCCAUCGGCGUGUCUAACUACGGGAUCCACCACCUCGAGGAGCUGGAGAAAUACAUCCAGGCUGGUGGAGGUGGUCAGAUCGACGUCGGUCAGUAUGAGCUGCAUCCGUGGCUAGAUCACUCGGAUAUAGUGGAGUGGUUGCAGAGUCGACAGAUCGUUGUUGAGGCCUAUUCGCCUCUUGCGCACGGAAGUCGCCUUCGAGAGCCUGUGCUGGGCUCCAUUGGGAAGAAGUACGGAAAGACACCAGCGCAGGUGUUGAUCCGCUGGAGCUUGCAGAUGGGAUUCGUGCCUCUGCCCAAAUCCACUACCCCCCAACGCAUUCGGGAGAAUGCCGAUGUCUUUGACUUUGAGUUGGCUGAGGAGGACAUGAAGUUGUUGGAUACGGGGGAGUACGAGCCUACGGACUGGGAUCCGACUGUUGACUCAGACUGA